AUGUAUAUAGAUGGAUGUACUCUGGAUGACUAUUUGAGAGGAAAUUGUAUAGGUUCUACCUACAGCUGGAAGAAGAGCUUCCGAAUGAUAAUGGGUAUAGCCAAGGGAAUUGAAUUUUUACACCUGAAUAAGAUCAUUCAUGUUGAUAUCAAGCCGCAGAAUAUUAUGGUGGACGCUAAAGAUGAUGAGGCAAAGCUUGUUGAUUUUGGGUUUUCUAGGCAUGUGGAUUGGGAGGGCACACACCAGUCAACUGAUAAAAUAAUAGGUACUAAAGGCUAUUGGGCUCCAGAGUAUUGCUGGAAUAACAAGCUUUCUUAUAAACAUGAUGUUUAUAGCUUUGGAAUUGUUGUAUUGGAGAUAAUAACAAGUCAGAAGCAUGUUGAUCAAGCACGAAGUUCCAGUCAGUUCCAUAUUCCAGGAUAUGUAAGGCACAUGAUAGAGAACAACCGUUUUGAAGAAACUGUAGACACUAAACUUAAACAGGAUGGGUGGGACAUCUUUGUUUUAGGGGAAGCCUUCACUGUUGCAAACAUAGCCCUCAGAUGUGCUCAUCCUGAUAAGGCCGGAAGACCCGAUAUGAAUCUUGUGGUCACAGAACUCAAUUCGAUGCUUCUUCAGCCCUAUUUGGAUGGAUGGCUGUGGCGUAUAUAUUUGAUCGCAGCCCGUACGCAUCUUUUAUUUCGCUGUGUUUUGGCGGCCUAUGCUGAAAUGCGAGCUUUGGAACAGGGUUUGGACAUCCAAGAAAGCGUAAUGGAAGGGAAUUGA